AUGAUAGAAUACGAUUUUAAUCUGUAUGUUAUAAAAUAANCAUUCAAACCUCUAUAUUCAAAUUACAAAUACACAGAUGGAAAGUUAGAAAUUUCUUUUAGAUUAAUUGGUAUAAUUGCAUUUAUUUUCCUAAUAUACAUUAUUGUUCAAGAACCUUCAUAUAUAACAGGAUUUUAGGAAGCAAGUGAAUAAACUAUAGAUGACAUUCUUGAAUGGGGUAAAGAUAAAUUAGAGGGCAAAUAAGUAUAAUAAAAUAUGAAAUUUAGGAACCAUUACAUAAAAGAGCUAUACCAGAUCUGAGUGAAUUGAUGAAACAAGCAGAAGAAGAUCUUGUUAAUCAUUAAAAAAAUAAUAUUUAGGAAGGUUAAGAUCAACAAUAACAAAAUAUUGAUUAUAAUUAUGAUGACAAUUUAGAUGAUGUCAAUAAUCAUACCUAGGAUAAUGAUCUUCAAUAGAAUGAAUCAUAAACUGAUUUGUGA